AAUAUUUUCAUAAUUUGUGUUUUAGUAUUCAAAUAUUAAAUUACAUUUGUGAUAGAUAUUGGUAGUGACCUAGUCAAAAUAUAGUAAAUUUAAAGUACAAUAAACAUAGGAGUUCAUGUGGUUCUUUACCGUCCAAAUAUGGAUAAGUCGAAUGUACAACAUGCAAAAUAAAAAAAAAAUUGCUGAAUUUUCAUUACCGGCCCUUAUACGGUAGCAAUAAAAUACAAUAUACACAUGAAAUGUUAAGGGUCCAAUAAGGAAUCAUCAAAGAAAACAGAAAUUUAUUUGAAUUAGAUAUCAGAAUAUCUAUGAUUUAAGAACAAGGUAUCCAAAGUUUGCCAUCUGUCAACGUUUCUUUUUUCAUGCAAUACCUUAUUGAAGUUUAAGUCCUUUGAAAUAAAACAGCUUGUCUCAGAGCAUUCAUACAAACAAGCAAAAAAAAAGAAAUCCCUCUUGAGGCCUCACACCUCGAUCCAAUCCGUCGAGUUCCGCCUAUUAUCUGAUCUUGUAUGUUAAUAUUUAGAACGAUGACAAAUAUGGUGAUCCUCUUAUUAAUCUGACACUAUGAGACCCUCUAUUUUUGCAUGUCACAUUGAAUACAAAAUCAAACAAAAACAGGGUUCUGUAUUUGUCAUUAUUUUGAAGUAAUAUCAGUUUCAUGUAUGCCUUAUCACAGAGACGGUGAAUCUAAUUUUAGCUCUUGCAAAAUACAGAGUUAAAAAAAAAACCUAUAUAUAGUUUAUCGGUCUAGAGUUCAGGCAACAACAACUGAUCUGUGAUUUUAUCCACUAGUUUUUUUUUUGCAUUCACUAGUGUUAAUGCAAACCGCUCUAACACGACUAUGUUAUUUGAUAUUGAACAAAAAGCUGAUCUGUGAUCUACAAAUACCAGUCUGCAUUAUAAAUAUACUCCAGUGUCAUUGCAAAUUGUCUAUGAAGGCUGGGUGGCUACCCUUCAGAUCUACCAUAGCGUUAACAAAAGGAUUUGUUCAGCUAUAGAUUUCUACUGUGGGUAGCCAAAAUUUUCCUAGUUCGUGGGGCCGUGAUUUCGUCGUUAACGAUAAAUAUACAAUGACAGACCUAAGUCUUUUCAUACUGCUCUUAGCUAUAUUUAGCGUUGUGACGGUGCAAGGUUCUGGUAUACAAAAUGUCGUAGAAGUCAGGACCCCAUCAGGAUGGGUGAGAGGUUACGAGGAAAACUACGAGGAGGGACAGGUAUACAGAUUUAUAAAGAUUCCAUACGCUCAGCCUCCAGUUGGAAAAUUACGUUUCCAGAAAACGAGACCGAUCGAAGAAUGGACAGACGUUAAAGGAAUUAGAGACAGAAAUGCUCCUCAAUGUCCCCAGGUGGACAGUCCAGUUCCUGGACUAGAUACUUUAGAAAACGACGAAGAUUGUCUGUAUCUUAAUGUCUAUGUUCCAGGGAAAAUAUCAAAAGAAAAACAGUUAUCAGUAAUGGUUUGGAUUCAUGGCGGUGGGUUUGUCCUUGGUGGAGCGAGUCAGUACAAACCUCAGAAAAUUGUUUUGGGAGGUGAUGUCAUCGUAGUAACCAUUAAUUAUAGAUUGGGUCUUUUCGGAUUUUUGACAUUGCAUGAUCCCUUGGUUCCAGGAAAUUAUGGUCUCUGGGAUCAAAUCGAAGCUUUUCGCUGGAUUAAAAAAAACAUUGCAGCUUUUGGUGGAAAUUCUAAAUCUGUAACUAUAUUUGGACAGUCGGCAGGUGGAAUGAGUGUAAGUCUUCAAACACUGAUUCCUUCUAAUGAGGGACUUUUUCAAAGAGCUAUUUCCCAAAGUGGAGCGGUUCCAUUUUAUGCGAUAGCGGGGAGAAAAGCAGAGGAGCAAAUAAAUACAAUACUAUUGAAGAAUACGAAUUGUAAGAGAGAAAGUAUAUCAGAAACGCUUUCAUGUCUUCAAGACCUACAUGCAGAAAAUAUAACAGAAGCAAUUACUUUUACAGAAUUUGUAAACCCGGAUAAUAUCACAGCCCAGAUAGGAAGCAUGACUCCAACUAUUGAUGGUACGUUGAUAAAAACAGAUCUAUCAUAUUCUAAAUAUUGGGACAGCGAAGUUUACCGAUUCUUUCGUAGCAUUGAUUUCAUGUCCGGUACCUUAGAUGGCGAAGGAAUCAUGGGCUUUUUUAAUGUACCUCCAGGUGCUUUUGAAAAACUGAAUGUAAACGUAGCAGAGGGUGUCCCUAAGAGUGUUCUAUGUGAAGUUAUUGCUCCAAUGUACGUUGAGAUGAGAGUUGGAAACAUUCCCUCUCUGACUCAAGAAAUAUGUGACUAUUACACAGCUGAAGGUGUUGAUGAACAGAGUAACAAAGUGUUUGAGUUUUAUACCGAUUCGUGGUUCAUUGUUCCGAGCAAUAUCAUGUUAUCCAUGCACGCAAAGAAAAACGAAAAAACCAAAACUUUCCAGUAUUUUAUCACCAAAACCUCUCCAUUUUCUCUCCUUCCAACAGAAUUGCUUCCCUCAUGGUUUAAAGGGGCGAGGCACGGAGAUGAAUUGCCUCUAUUGUUCAACGUUUCACGCGAUCAUAUUUCAGAGGAGAAACUGAAGACAAUAGAUAUUGCCGCCUUUGACAAAUUAUCAAGCGAAGUCAUUCAGUAUUGGACUAAAUUUGCUAAGUUUGGAGAUCCAAAUUCUGACGGAGCUCCUGACUGGCCACCCUACGAUGACAUAGAAGAACAGUAUGUUAUUAUUGACACACCCAUUACAAAGGGAAAACAUCUAAAAUCUGGAGCAACGAAUCUGAUAAAUAAAAUAUUGCAAAAAGGCAAUCCCUCAAUGCAUGAUGAACUAUGAACAAGUGAAAUGCAAUUUCUUGUUUCUUCGUGAUGUUAUAUUGUCUGUUUUUGUAGAUUGUAUUUAUCAUAUUUAUAUUAAAAAGAUAUCUCCUUAAUAAUUCAUCAAUUAAAGCCCAUUUUUCGACGAUUUGAUCAUGAACAAAUCCAAUUCCAAUUUAACAGGAUACUUUAACAUAGUUGUUUUUUGUCAUUUUUCGUAUUUAUGUUUUAGAAAGACUGUUCAGAAUUGUUUUAAUCGUAAUUGAUUAUAAUCUGCAUUCUGUUUAUAUUACAAUGAUUUUGUUUAGAAAUGAAUCAUGCAAACAAAAACCCAUUGGAGGUAAUAAUGAUGUCAAAUUACAUAAAGCCUCAAUACGUUGAUUUUAACUUAACUAACAAUAAUAUCUUUUUGAACCAAAUGGA